UCCAUUUGCAUUUGUUUCAGGGGUUCGUCUAUCCCAGCAUAGCCUCCACAUCACAGGAAGGCCAGGAGAUAGUAGAAAGGAGCACAUUGUAUGUUACUCUGUUAAGUAGUGAAUGGAGAUCGUCAAUCGAUGGAGACUUGUCAACCGUCAACAGAGAACUAGCAAUACAGUUAGCUAAACACCCCAGUGUGCAAGUUAGUGUGUUUCUCCCUCAGUGCAGUGAAGAUGACAAGAGAAUUGCUGCCGGUCACAACGUUCAGCUCAUUAAAGCAGAGAAAAUGACAGGUGUUGAUCCAGUUGAUUGGCUGAUCAACAUACCAGACGACCAUGCCAUGGACUGUGUUAUCGGACAUGGAGUACAUCUUGGCCGACAAAUACCACUGAUACAGCGAAGUCAUCAAUGUAAGUGGAUUCAGAUUGUUCACAAUGCUCCUGAAUCUCUUGCAAUGUACAAAAGGAAUGCAGAUGCCAUUCCCAGAGGUGAGAAGAUGCAGCAAACAGAGACAGAACUUUGCGAGUUGGCAGAUCAAGUUGUAGCAGUUGGACCCAAGCUGGCAGAUACUUACAGGCGUUUUCUUUGCUCUAGUAAGAAGCACCAAGAUGUCAUUGAUCUUACCCCAAGCAUUUUCACUGAAUUUUUAGAUGUGAUGCAAGCCACUGAAGAGAGAAAAACAUUUUGUGUUCUAGUUGUUGGGAGUGGUGACAGUGAAGAUUUUAAUCUAAAGGGAUAUGACCUUGCUGCUCGAGCUAUUGCUGAGUUGAAAGAAAACUCCUACCAACUAAAGUUUGUGUGUGCACCAAGAGGAAAAGCAAAUGAAAUAGCAGAAAAGCUACUUGAGCAUGACAUUGACCACAGUCAACUAAUUGUUUGCAGUUUUAAUGAAAGCAGAGAAACACUAGCUAGAUUAUUCUGCGAGGUUGAUCUGGCAAUCAUGCCAUCAAGGAGUGAGGGCUUUGGAUUGACAGCCCUUGAGGCAUUAUCUGCUGGUCUGCCUGUACUAGUAAGCAGUAACUCAGGUCUUGGAGAAGCUCUCAUGAAAGUGCCUAAUGGCUCAAACUGUGUAGUAGAUUCAGAGGAUCCUGAACACUGGGCCAGUAAAAUCAAGGCUGUCCGUGAAAAAGACAGGGAUGUUCGACUUGCAGAAUCUGAUUUACUUCGUAAAAAGUAUUUGGAGAAGUACAGCUGGCAGGCACCUUGUGGUGUUCUUGUGGAAAAGAUGCAGAACCUUGUAACUGGUUCCCCUGGCUGGAUGUCUGGAUCAGUAGAAUGCAGUGAUUUACCUCCUGCUGUGGCCAGUCAGAAUCCUGAAAGACACAAUUAUCAGAGAGAGGACACUCAGCGUUCCUUUGGUCAUAGUGGGCCACCUUCAUUCCUGAAAUACUGUCAGUCACCUUUUCCUGCAGGCCCUCAGACUCCAGCUCAAACUUAUCAGACAAGUCGCCCUCAGAGCUCCUCUGGUCAUGGCAGGCCACCUACAUCACUGGAAUACAAUCAGUCACCUUUUCUUAUAGGCCCUCAGACUCCAGCUCAAAUGUAUCACACAAGUCACCCUCAGAGCUCCUUUGGUCAUGACAAGCCACCUUCAUUACCGGAACACAAGACAGGCCCUCAGACUCCAGUUCAAACGUAUAAGACAAGUCACCCUUGGAGUUCCUCUGGCUGGUGGCCUUCAUCAAUGGAAUACAGUAGGUUUCCCUCUACCCUGUCUGGUCAGACUUGUGGAGGACCAAGUUAUCAGAAAUGGAACUCUCCAAAAACAACUGAAUCUGUUCCUGGUGGCAAUGAGUACCAUGUUUCUGAGCAGCAACCUCCUGCUAAUAAUGCCACUUCAACUGAUGGAUCACAAGUAACCAGUACUGUAGGUAAUAUAUACGAUAUCCACACUAACAGUAUUUCUUUUGUGAGGUUUAACCCAUUCAUGCCUGCAUAAAAUUGCAUGCGACCUACCCCUAGUUUUCUGGCAUUUUUUUUUUAAUAUUUCAGAGCAAGCAUAAGCACAAAAAUAAACCAUAUACACUGUAUCUAUUCAUGUACUCCUAUCAAAACCACAUUCUACCCUCCAAAUUUGUGUGUAAGUUUACCUUAGAUAGACAAAUACAUUCCUAUUAUACAAGAAACUCUCUGGCAUUUCAUUUGUCCUUCUGUUGGACGAAUAUCAAACAGUUUGCUGUUUUUUACAAAGGAGCAAAAUUUUACAACUCUGUUAAUUCUGAUAUCGUCAAUCCAAUCUCUACAGUUUCCUUAAAAAAAAAACGCUUAAGACAUUUAUCUGUAG